AGCAACUGACCGGUUCAAUUCUUUCAAAUUUUUAAUUGUUUCGAAAUGCAGGCAGCUUCGUUUCUUCCCGCCAUUGCGACAUGGAUUGAAGAUGAGUUUGUGCCUCAAAUGGUCAAAGAUGGAAAGCUGAGAGUUGAGAAUCAGGCGCCUGAUGACGAGGUUAAAAUUCGUGCGGUACAUGCGCAUCCCCUUGAAGUAUCUGGGUUCGCGUUAUCGACACCGUUUAAAGUCCACGUUGAGUUGUAUACUUUUGCGAAUCCAAGCCGCGUAACGGCACACAAUUUGGUCGUUAAGAAAACGCCUCCAUUGCCUCCAGAGAUAUUCGCAGGCGCCCAAUUAGAAGCUCUUUUCAAAAAUGAAGCUAUCGCUUACACCGAAAUCAUUCCCAUGCUAAGCAACAAGGAGAAAUACCCCAAAUAUUACUACUCCGAAACAAAGCCAACGGAAGCGACAUUGGCGAUGGAAGAUUUCUCGUAUCAUGGCUGGAAAAUGUCAAACAGCGUUGUUAAUUUAUCACUGGAUCAUAUUUUGUGUGCAGUUACGGAAUUGGGCUCGUUCCACGGCGAAAUGUAUGCCUUAAAGGAGUCAAAACCAGACAUUUUUCACAGUAUUGCAAGCAAACUCAUCGAAACGCGUUACGCUAACAUGGAUGAUACAUUACAACUCGUAAUGAAAGCAUCAGUAGAACGAGCGAUUAAAUACGUGAAGGAAAGCAAUUUCAAUGAAAAAGUCCCUGCUGAGUUCCUUGAACAGCUCAACGUUUUAUUGGCAGGCGAUAUACAGGAAUAUGGACGACGUGCUGUAAAACCCAUUGAACCCUUAGCAGUUAUUACACAUUCCGAUUACUUACGAAACAACAUAGCCUUCAAAUACGAAAAUGACGAUCCUUCCCAAAAACCAAUUGACGCGAUGAUGUUUGAUAUGCAGACGAUGCGUUACUGUACGCCAGCGAUAGAUUUGGUAUCGUUGCUCGCUAUUUCAGCAAUGCACGAAAUUCGGGCGCCAAAUUUAGAUUUGAUUCUAAAAACGUAUCACGAUAAGCUGUGUUCCGUACUCGAAGCGAAAAUUGGACAAAUUCCUGAAAAAUACAAUUUUGAAAGUUUUUACAGGGAAUAUGUGAGAUUUUUGCCCCAUGGAAUUCAUAUUUCGACUUGUUUUUUGUCAAUGUUGCUGGAUCCAGUUGAAAAUUUGCACGAAAUGAUGGCGGAGAAAUUUACGCCGGAAAAAGUUGACGAACUUAUUGAAAUGAGUAUGAAUCGUGGGGGAGAAGUUUUGGAUAUAGAAAUUGCUCAUCAGAUUCAAGAGUGUUAUGAGCUGUAUCAGAAAUUUAAUUUAAAAUUAUGAUUUUUAUUAUUUUUUAAUAAUUUCUUAAAAAUAUUUUUUUGACAAUAAUUUUUGAAAAAUUUUUUGGACACGAUUUUUCAA